AUGAAACCUUUUAGGAGGAGAUCACUCCUGGCGGCAGGUUUCUCGGCCAUUCUCUCCGUUCAACAUGUCCUGGCAAUACAACUAGAUCUACAAAGCACAGACUCGAUUAAGGCAGCUGCAAAGACACUCGCGGGAGACAUGGUCUCUUACUACACUGGAUACAGACCCGGUGAUGUACCUGGGAAUCUACCAUCACCGUACUACUGGUGGGAAGCAGGUGCAAUGUUUGGAGCCUUGGUUGAUUACUGGUACUUUACCGGGGACGAUACCUACAAUGCAAUUACCACCCAGGCUCUUCUUCACCAGGUCGGUCCCGACAAGGACUUCAUGCCACCCAACCAGACCAAAACCGAAGGAAAUGACGACCAAGCGUUUUGGGCCAUGGCUGCUCUCUCCGCCGCAGAGAACAAAUUUCCAGACCCUCCUGAAGACCAGCCGCAAUGGCUCGCAUUGGCCCAGGCAGUAUUCAACACUCAAGCGGCACGUUGGGAUACGACGUCUUGUGGAGGUGGACUGAAAUGGCAGAUUUUCGCGUUUAACACUGGCUACAACUACAAGAAUACCAUCUCUAACGGCUGUUUCUUCAACAUGGCCUCACGACUGGCUGUCUACACGGGAAAUCAGACAUAUGCCGACUGGGCGGUCCGAAUGUGGGAUUGGUGUUCGGCAAUUGGUCUUCGUGAUGCUCAGUACAACUUCUUCGACGGCAGCGAUGACAACCUGAACUGCUCCCAGCUUGAUCACAUUCAAUGGACCUACAACGCCGGCACUUUUCUUGUCGGGGCCGCCAACAUGUACAACUUUACCGGAGGGAGUCAGGAAUGGGCUGACAGACUGAACGGCAUCAUUGGAAACCUGAAACUUUUCCUGAAAAACAACGUAGUUUACGAGCAAGCGUGCGAGCCGGUCGGUACCUGCAAUGUUGAUCAACGCUCAUUCAAGGCAUAUCUCGCUAGGUGGAUGGCGGCGACAGCUGUCAAGGCACCCUUCACCUAUUCUCUUCUCAAACCGAUUUUGGAAGCCUCGGCAACGGCUGCGGCUGCCGUGUGCACAGGUGGCGUUAAUGGCACUUCUUGUGGAUUGAAGUGGACAGAAGGAACCUUCGACGGCAGCAUUGGAGUCGGCGAGCAGAUGUCAGCUUUGGAGGUCAUCCAAUCCAAUUUGAUCGAUAUCGUUUCCGGCCCCGUUUCGCAAGACUCAGGAGGAACUAGCAAAGGGGAUCCGAAUGCUGGAACCUCAAGCGACAUUGGUCCAAGCGACCUGAAUGUGGGAGAGGUGACCACAGCCGACAAAGCUGGCGCUGCAAUAUUGACUGUACUGCUCAUCUUCUUCGUUGCAGGCGGCGCAUGGUGGAUGGUAACCUGA